CUCAUAAUAUCCUCCACUUGUCUAUGCACUAGGCCAAAUAUACGUCAACUGUUCAUCGACAAUUUUAAAUUUUACAUGCUCAUUAUACUUCCCAUGGGCCAACAAUAUAAAGAUCCUUCCUCAUGAUAGGACUUAAUGAUUAAGCAUUCAAGCAAAUAUCAGAAGAAUUAAAGGGGAAACAAUAGUAUAUGUGUUCGUUUGAAUGUUAAUGAAUAUGGUAGUAGGGUAGGGUGAGGGAGAAGAGAAACAUAUUUUCGAGUAUCUGAGUUUUGAUUAUAAUCUAUGGGUAAAAUUGAUUUUAAUUCUUAGAUUUUCGAGUAUGGGAAUUGUGGGACUAUGAUUUUAUAGGCAUAUGAAUUUUGCGUCUAUCAUUUGCUUAUGUGUAUGAAUUUUGGGUCUGAAUUUGUAUUGGGGAUACGAAUUUUGGGUUUAUGCUUGUGUUGGGUGUAUGAAUUUUGGGCCUUUCCUUUGUGUCGGGGAAUUCUGGGUUUAUGCUCGUGUUGGGUGUAUGAAUUUUGAGCCUUCCUCUGUGUUGGGUGUAUGAAUUUUGGGCCUUCCUUUGUGUUGGGUUUUGAAUUUUGGGUGUAUGUUUUUAUUGUGUAUGUGACUUUUGGGUUUUCUGAGUAAUCAGAGUAUCAAGAGGAUAUGGCAUUCAGGUCUGAGGAUGAUUAUGACUAUCUGUUCAAGGGUGUACUCAUUGGGGACUCUGGUGUGGGGAAAUCAAAUCUUCUGUCAAGGUUUACAAGGAAUGAAUUCAACUUGGAUUCUAAGUCCACUAUUGGUGUGGAGUUUGCCACAAGGAGUGUUCAAGUUGAUGAUAAACUGAUCAAGGCACAAAUAUGGGACACAGCAGGUCAGGAGAGAUACAGAGCUAUAACAAGUGCCUACUAUCGAGGAGCUGUUGGGGCAUUGCUUGUGUAUGACAUUACCCGACAUGCGACGUUUGACAAUGUUGAGAGAUGGCUAAAAGAGCUAAGGGAGCACAGUGAUUCCAACAUUGUGGUCAUGCUUGUUGGUAACAAGUCAGACUUGCGCCACUUGAGAGCCGUUACUACAGAUGAAGGUCAGGAACUUGCUGAAAGGGAAGGCCUUUACUUUAUGGAAACAUCAGCUCUGGAGAGUACAAAUGUUGAAACUGCUUUUAAGCAGGUAUUGACUCAAAUUUACAAAAUCGUUAGCAAGAGGGCCAUUGAGGCAGGGGAGGCUGCGGCAGCGGUGCCUGGGAAGGGGCAGACAAUAAAUGUUGAUGAGGUAUCGGCAACAAAGAAGACCGGAUGCUGUUCAGCAUAAGAUUCUCACCACUUAUCCAUCUCGUGAUGCUAACAAAAGAACACAUGGAAGUAUGGAUAUGCAUUUUGCAGAUAUGCUUGUACUAUAAAAAGUUCAUUGACAAUGGAAUAUGCAUGGAUUUUGAGAUUCUUUUAUAGAUUGUAUUACUUAAACUUAGAGAGGGGAUACACACAAGAUUUCUAAUUGACAAAUGUUGCAGAAUAUGAUUUAGGUCAUUCAUUUCUUGAGUUCCUGGAUAAUUCAUUAUAAAUUGUUAUUUGAGUCCA